AUGGCCUCUCUUCUCGGUGUGCAUCCGCGUAACUACGGACCGGGCUCUCGCAAGUGCCGCGUCUGUGGUACACUUCUUAUACACUCUAAUGAUUUAGCUUUCGUACUCAAACGGGCUUUCGUACAUUCGGGCCUCUGUCUUUAGAUUUUUAUAUCCGCGGUGUAAAGUUUGCUAGUUCACCCACCCCGGAAGAAUUAUUCUUUGUUGUAAACACAUUUCAUCACAAAGCAAGUCAGCCAUCUUUAGAUCUCGCCAGUUGGCGCAAAGUACCAAUCAAGUCCUCACAUUAGAGAAGAGGCUACUACAGCUUGUGGAUGGACUACUACAUACAGUUCACUUCUCUACUAUGCCCCAUUUCCAAUAUCGUUCUAUCAGGUAACAACCACGGCCUGAUCCGCAAGUACAACAUCAACAUCUGCCGUCAGUGCUUUCGUGAGCGCGCGACGCAGAUCGGAUUCGUCAAAUACCAGUAAGCGGUAUUUUUUCGAUUGCAGAGACGGGGCUACAAAAUACCAUGCAUGAGCAGUGGGGGUGAAGCUGUAAUCCGAGCAAAGGUGACAUCUGGGGAGAUGCGAAGGAUGCGACAGCUUGGCUGGAAUAAACACACUUGGCAGUCCAACGACAUUGCCUCAUUUGAGUCAAGCUGACCCCAUAUCCGUGGUCUUGUGCAUGAUAGAUGUGUCUGAAAACAGCUUUGCUCGGUAGGUGCUGAAUUGUUGUCCUAGACUGUUUUAAACGAAACUCUGUUGAAACAAGCUGCACUCUGUCCAUGAGUGCAGGCUUUCGAGAUACCUUUUCGAGAAUGCGUAGGUGUUCACCGGUGCGAUCGUGGAU